UCAAAUGUCAAUUUUAGCGUUGUGUACUCGAAUUUUCUGUUGCAGUCUUCGUAAUUAUUUGUAACUUUAUUACAGUAUCCAUUAGCAUUAUACGUGAUCUAUUUUAACGCUAAACAAACUUAUUUACUAAUAAAUAUAUACAUAUAUAAAUAUGAAUUUGGAAUUACUCGAAUCGUUUGGACAGAACUAUCCUGAGGAAUUUGAUGGUACCCUAGACUCAAUAUCAUUGGCAGCAACAUGUGCAUUCAAUAGAAGAGGCACUUUAUUAGCUGUGGGUUGCAAUGAUGGCAGGAUAUUUAUAUGGGACUUCUUGACAAGGGGCAUAGCUAAAUCAAUAUCAGCUCAUGUUUAUCCUGUUUGCAGUCUUAGUUGGUCGAGGAACUGUAAAAAGCUCCUUUCAGCCUCAACAGACCAUAAUGUAUGUAUAUGGGAUGUUUUGUCCGGAGAAUGUGAACAACGGUACAGAUUCCCAACACCUAUAUUACGAGUUCAAUUUGAUCCGAGGAAUGACAAGAGAUUCUUAGUGUGUCCGAUGAGGCACGCAGCACUGCUGGUUGAUACGGACGGGGAACACAAAAUAUUACCUAUAGAUGACGAUGGUGACAUAAAUGUAAUAGCCUCUUUCGACAGAAGAGGUGACCAUGUGUACACAGGCAAUGCAAAAGGGAAGAUAUUAAUUUUAGACCCUCAGUCUUUAGCUAUAAAGGCUAGCUUUAAGAUCACAGUCGGAACAUCAAGCACCACUAGCAUCAAAAGUAUAGAAUUCGCAAGAAGAGGAGACUGCUUCCUGGUAAACACAUCGGACCGUGUCAUUCGAGUAUACGACACAAACACAGUACUUAAGUGCGGCGUCAAUGGCGAGCCAGAGCCUAUACAGAAACUACAGGAUCUUGUCAAUAAAACAACAUGGAAGAAAUGCUGUUUCUCUGGCGACGGAGAGUACAUCUGCGCCGGAUCAGCUCGGCAACACGCCCUCUACAUUUGGGAGAAAUCCAUCGGUAAUCUUGUCAAGAUCCUACACGGGACUAAAGGAGAACUACUGCUCGAUGUCGUGUGGCAUCCUAUUAGACCGAUCAUUGCUAGUAUUAGCGCUGGUGUAGUAUCAAUAUGGGCACAGAACCAAGUGGAGAACUGGUCAGCCUUUGCGCCGGACUUCAAGGAACUGGACGAGAAUGUGGAGUAUGAGGAACGGGAGAGCGAGUUCGAUGUAGAAGACGAAGACCGCUCGGUGGACCAGGCUGGGGAGAGCCAUGAUGAUGAGGAAGUCGAGGUGGAUGUAACUACUUGCGAGCCUGUAGCGGCUUUCUGCAGUUCAGACGAAGACGGAGAGGACGAACAAAUGCUGUCCUUCCUACCCAUUGCACCUGAAAUAGAAGACCCAGAGGUAGGUGAAGCGAUAGAAGAUGGAUGGGCAGCCACACAGGAGACUGUGACACCGACAGAAACCCCUGAGAAACUGGAGCCGGCUGCUAAAAGGCCGAAAAGCAAAACAUACGAUAUUUCGCUCAAGAUAGCGCCACCUGAACAACCUUUAUCAUUUAGUGGCAAAAACAAGACAGCGGCGGGAAGUAAAAAAGUUGCCGGCAGACCUCGAAAAUAAAGUAUUAUAAUAUAGUUUGGAUACAAUUAUUUGUAUGUAUUAAAUAAUAACACCAAUGCAAUGUAUUGAAGUGCUAUUAUAACUUCUAUUUUGUUAGGGAUGCAUCCAAUAUCGACCUAAAAUAAAUUUAUUCAUAUUGUUACACACUUUGUAGUGCGCAAAUGCGCAUCGAUAUCGAUGCAUCCCUAAAAUAAUAUUAUGGACAUAAGAAUUGAAAUAUGAAAUGAUGAAAAUUAUUAUUGUACAAAUAAAACACGUUACUUGUAGGAGAAAA